AUGAUCCAAGAGAACAACAAGGACUGUAAUGACAAGUACAGCAGUAAAUAUAGAGAAUAUAAUUAUUACAGGAAUUAUAUAAGCGAUAUAAAAGGCAAGUAUAUGGGUUUCGGAAAUAUGCAAAGGGAUAGCCCGAACGCAGGCAGGUAUUUUAAUGACCCUCAAAGGAACAACAAUUACUACUACUACAACCGGGAGGGAAACCUGCACAACAGCGCAUACAGAAAUUCUUACAGAAAUUCGUACAGAAAUUCGAUCAGAAACUCCAUCAGAAAUUCGAACAGAAAUUCAUACAAAGAUUUGCACAAAAAUUUGUAUGAAAAUUCGUACCAAUGCUCGUACCAUAACGGGUACCAUGAUUCGCACAACCACCUGUACAAUAGCGGCUUCGACAAUGCCUACAGGAACGAGUACAGCAACGAAUACAACAAUGCGUAUGGCAAUUCCUACGGGAGCGGUUUGAAGCUGCUUAAGGGGAAAAGGAUCAGGAGUUUCAACAGCAGUAGCAACUCCAGUCGGAAAGGAAAGCUCUUUAAGAAAUUUAAAAACUAUGAUGUGGACGAAAAUAUGAUCAGAGCGUAUAAAAAUGGGAGGAAACGCAGCUACUCGUCCAUGAGGGAAAUAGAUGAUCAUGAACAGAGACACCAUAAGGUGUAUCUAGAAUCCAAGUACGACCACGAGGAGUAUCAAAAUAAUUACAUAAAAGGAUUUAAUGUGAGCAGAAAAAGAAACUACUAUUCUUAUAAGAAAAAAUUGUACAAUAGUGAUAAAAGAAAUUAUGACACCCACUUUGGACAGGGAAAUAUCUUUUACAAUAAUGAAUAUUACUUAUUUAACGACGGCUCUAUGUUGAAGAGGAAAAAAAUGUAUUAUGGCAAUAAAAAUAGCUUCAGAACAAAUUCUAGGAGCUAUAAUGGGCACCUAGACAGAAUGAAUAAUAGAAGGAAAGAUUCCCAUCGAAAUGGGAAGUGUAAAGCGACGGCUGCGCAUCCGAAGGAGACAGGAAGUUGGGGAAGGGGACCAAGUGCAUCUAGUGCAACGAGUGCAGAUAGCACGGUGAGAGAAUGCAACUAUAAAGACAAGGAUGGCAAAUCUAAUAAAUCAUUCAAGUUAAAAAAUAGCGAUACGACACGAGAUGAUGGUACAGGGAAAUCAAAUAUGAGGGAUGAAAUUAUGGGAAAUAGGAGGAAUCUCGCCGCGUGCAUUGAUAAGGAAAAAGGAUCACAUCAGUCACCUCGUAAGUAUACUCGAGGUGUAAGGAAAAGAAAAAAGGCUCCCGACAGUUAUAGUGGUACGAGAAGUGGACGUCGGAGCAGGCGAAGGAGCACACAACGAAGAAGGCGCAGAAAAGAUAGUCUCAGUAGCAAUGACGGAACAGGCACAAGUUCUUUUUCACAAAGAGGGAGCAGCUACUCCUCAGUUGAAAAUAAAAAAAAACACUAUUCGGAUAGGUACAGUAGUGAGUCCGACGAGUAUACCCCGUCGGAUGAAUCAACGGAUGAUAUAUCGUCGAGGAAAAAACACAACCACAAAAGAAACAGAACGAAAAUUUCAGAUAUGGAUGAUAAUAGCUAUAGGAAGAAAAAAAAAAAGAAAAAAGAAAAUUACGACUCAGAUGACGAAAUUGUACACUUCAGUUGGAAAAAGGGAAUGGUCUUAAACAACUGUUACGUGGUGAUACGAAAAAUGGGGGAGGGAACCUUCGGAAGAGUUCUUCUCUGUCAGCACAUGGACACAAAGAAGUAUUACGCGGUGAAGGUAGUACGAAAUAUUAAGAAGUAUACAAAAUCUGCAAAGAUAGAAGCAGAUAUUUUGAAGAAAAUUCAAAAUGAUGAUUUUAAAAAUAAUAAUAUUGUAAAAUACCAUGGAAGGUUUAUGUACUACGAUCACAUGUGUCUGGUUUUCGAACCCCUGGGUCCAUCUCUCUACGAAAUUAUCACCAAAAAUAACUACAACGGGUUUCAUUUGGAGGAUAUUAAGCUUUAUUGCAUUGAAAUGUUGAAAGCAUUGAAUUAUCUCCGCAAAAUAUGUUUAACGCACACCGAUUUAAAGCCAGAAAAUAUUUUGCUAGACGACCCCUAUUUUGAGAAAACCUUAGUGAGUGUUAGAAGAGCUACAGAUGGAAAGAGGGUUGAUAUUUAUAGAACUAAAUCUACGGGAAUCAAAUUGAUAGAUUUUGGUUGUGCCACAUUUAAGGAUGGAUACCAUGGAUCUAUUAUAAACACAAGACAAUAUCGUGCUCCGGAAGUUAUCUUAAAUUUAGGAUGGGAUGUGUCAAGUGAUAUGUGGAGUUUUGGUUGUGUAUUGGCUGAAAUGUACACAGGGGAUCUUCUCUUUAGAACCCAUGAGCAUUUAGAGCACUUAGCUUUGAUGGAAGCUAUCAUUCAGCCAAUUCCCAAAAAAAUGAUAAGCGAUGCGAUCAGAACAAAUGGGGCCAAAUAUAUAAAUAGGGAUCAUCUAAGAUUGGCUUGGCCAGAAAAUGCUUCCAGUUUUGAGUCCAUUAAGUACGUCAAGAGGUGCCUUCCGCUGUACAAACUUAUAAGGAAUGAUUUAUUUUGCGACUUUUUGUAUAGCGUACUGCAGAUCGACCCCGCGUUGAGGUCAUCCCCCGCCGAGCUGUUGAAGCACAGGUUUCUGCAGGAGAGUUAUGAAUACUACUAG